AUGGCGCAUUUCUCUCAAAUCACCAACCUAGCCGAAUACGCCGCCUGCAUCAAAGCCACAGCCGGAAAAACCGUCCUACUAGCCUACUGGCCCGAAGACGAAACCACUAACGAGGUAGCCACCGCCCUGCAAAAGCUACUCCCGUCAACAUCCUACGAACAGUACGAUGUAGUCGACAUUUACUGCUUCGACAUGUAUUCACUGCCUGAUCUGGGCAAUAUGCUAGAUGUGAGCUUUGUGCCGACGCUGAUGUGGUUCAUGGAUGGUGUUAUGGAUGCGAUUGUUUGGCACGAGGGGUGUGCGAUUGAGGGGGAGAGUGUAGAGAGGGGGGUUAAGAGAGUGGUGGAUAGGAUUAAGGGAGGGGAUAUUGCGGGGGAGGACAGUGAUGAUGAUUGGUAG